CCAUCCCUAUUUAUACAAAACAAUAUUUCCACGUAUCAGCAGAUUGGAAUAGUAGUAUUUUAACUCUAUAUGAUCCGGAAUUCCGGACAGACAAUCGCAGGAUGAGUGUUCUUGAUGAGUUAGCCGCCUUGGACAUCAGCACAAAUGAACAGGUGGAUGAGACGCUGCAGAGAAUUGCCGAGGAAGAGGCGAAAGUCAAUGAGAAACUGGAGUCUCUGCUGGCCAAACAGUGUCAGAUAGAGGCCAAGAUGAGUGGCAUUGGCAGAUCACUAACUCUGCUGCACACAGUGGACAGCGACUCCAACAAACUGAACGCACAGAUUGUCAACACGGCUCAGUUGGCUGAAUCCGUGAGUGCCAAGGUGCGCCGGUUGGAUUUGGCCAGGUGCCGGGCCUCCGAGUGCCAGCAGCGGGUGCACGACCUCAUUGACCUCCACCUGUGCAGCCAGGGGGUUGUCAAGGCCAUCGGCGAGGAGGAUUACGAGAAGAGCGCCACGCACAUUGCCCGCUUUUUGGCGAUGGAUCAGCAACUCCUGCGGCGCACCGCCGACGACGUUCAGGGUUCCAUAACGUCGGUGAGCGAUGCGGUGAAGACGCUAGAGGAUGCCACCGAGAAGACCCGUGUCCUUAUUGCCAAGCGAUUUGAGGAGGCGGUUAAGGCCGAUGACUUGGCCUCUGUGGAGAGAUUCUUCAAAAUCUUUCCUCUUGUCGGUUGCCAUGGCACUGGGAUCGAGAAGUUUUCCCUCUACAUAUGCCAAAAGCUGUCGGUCAAGGCUCAAAAGGAACUGCGGAAUGCCCAGGACAUUGCCAAGGCUGAAUCACGGAUGCAACUGGCCUAUGCAGAUCGAUUGACUGCCAUUCUAGAGAACUUUGCGCGUGUGGUUGAGGUUAAUCAGCCAAUAAUCGAAGCUUUUUACGGACAAGCAUCUUCGUCCCUAAUUGAUAUGGUGGCCAUUCUGCAGCACGAAUGUGAUGCUGAGGUGAAAAACCUGUUAAUGGAGUUUAACAAGAACCGGCAGAUCCAGUAUCGCAGCAAGCAAGUGAAUGAAUCCACCCAGCGGUCGGCUGGAGGCGGAAAUGUCACCAGCAACAGUAUCCAGGCACUGGGUCAUUAUCGGAAACCAUCAGGCGGAUCGGUAGACAAACUAAACCCGAAGGAAAUUGAUGCAAUAAUAGCUGAAAUAACGGUCAUGCAUGCUCGAGUCGAGCUAUACUUCCGAUUUAUGAGACGUCGCUUGCAGGUUCAUGUAGAAACGUGUGUGCCCGAAAAAGAGCAGACGGAGAUAAUGGAACGCUACGAAAAGAUCAUGAAGAACUCUGACUUGCGCCGCCAAAUGCAGGAAAUUCUGAGCACAUAUUUGCUUCUGGAACGUUAUUUCAUGGAAGAAAGUGUUCUUAAGGCCAUCGGUCUGGAUACUUACGAAUCUGGACAGCAAUGUUCGUCAAUGGUGGACGACAUAUUCUUCAUCCUUCGCAAAUCCAUUAGACGGGCGUUGACCACUCAGUCGAUAAACGGAACGUGUGCAGUGAUCAACAACGUGGCUGCCUGCCUAGAUGGUGAUUUUGUGUCUGCACUCAAGGCCCCCUUGAAAAGCGGAUAUCCAUCGGGCUACAUCGAUUUGGCGCAGGCAUAUAAUGCUAUUCAAACGACCCUGCAGCAGGGAAAACUACAUUCCAGCGAUGCCGAUCGAGGUCGAGCCAAUUUCUUGGUGCAGUUGAACAAUGCUGAUAUAUCGACAGAGUAUAUUGAGACUCUCUGGCAGACCAUGGAACAGGAAAUUGCUGGCACAUUUCCACAAACGACGCCGGUGGAGCGUCAAUUGCUUGACAGCUGCCUCACGGAACUCAAAGCAGUGCGGGAUGCGUUGAAAGCCACUGUUGAUUUUGGAAUGCAACAGCUGAGAUCUAGUGUUAUAAAGCCACGCCUCAACCCCUGGAUUAACCAGUUCUUAAAUUACAGUCACAACUUAAAUGAGGAAGAACUUGCUGCCUACGAGGCAGGAGAAACAUUUGUUCAGUUUUUCAUAGUCCAGUUAGAUGGUCUUCUGAACUCAUUUAAGAGCUCAUUGAGUCCGCGCAACUACGAUGCCCUAGUCAGCAUUUUAGCAACCGAAGUGACAAUUCAAUUGGAACGGGCUAUUAAAAAAAUAACCUUCAACAGACUCGGUGGACUGGUACUUGAUCAGGAGGUGCGUGCCUUGGGCAGUUACCUUACAGGGGCCACAUCAUGGUCGGUGAGAGACAAGAUGACACGAAUCUCUCAAAUUGCCACUCUUCUUAAUCUGGAUAAGAUUUCGGAGCUCUCUGAAUACUGGAAUCCCGAGAAUAAUAAAGAAAUGUCAUCCUGGCACUUAACGCCUAACGAAGUUCGAACAUUUUUAACCUUAAGAAAUGACUUUCGUAUUGAAGACAUUAAACGACUACAGCUUUAGGUAAAGCCAUUUCAGAGUUUAUUUGUUACAGAGAUGCAGAAGCAUUAUGGUUCGCACUAAACCAAUGAUUAAAAUCCAAUCGCAAUAGAAGCUGAGAAAGCGGACCCAAACAAGAUGCUGUUUUUACAUCAACUAAUAGUUGAAUAAGGCUCGCAAUUUGAACACCAAAUCUGUAAAAAAAGAAAAAGUUCGAUUAGUAUUACUUGCUUUGCUUGAGGAAGUAAAGUAAUGAUUGACAUAAUGCCUUAUUAUAUAAAAUGAUGCAUAAUUAA